CUUGACAGAUUGCACACUGAACGCUGGGAUAUUUGCUUGUUGAAAUUUUCUAAUUGCGAUAUUUCUCAGAUUAUUCUCCAAUAUUUAUCGAAUUCGCACAAUUCGCAUAUAUUUCCCCACUAGUAAGUUGUCCAUAAGACAAUGUCGGAAUUCGUGUGGGCGGUGAAGAAUGGAGACUUGUAUCAAGUGAAAGAUUUUAUAGAGAAGAAGGGUGUGGACGUCAACAAAGAUAUUGAUGGUCGGCGCCCCAUUCACUUUGCUGCCGACUAUGGACAGACGGAAGUGCUGGAAUACUUGAUUACGAAAGGGGCUGAUGUCAACGCUCGUGAUAAGCAUGGUAUUUCUGCCCUAUUGGCGGCAAUCUGGGAGGGACACACGAGCUGCGUGAAAACACUCUUGAGACAAGGUGCCAGCAAAGAAGGUUCCGCUCCUGAUGGCACAAGUUACCGGGAUGCAGCUGAGAAGCCAGAAAUUAAAGAACUACUCUCCUAAUCCAGUCCCAAAGUGGACAUAUUUUGAUUUUCUUAUUUUCCAAAACUGACUGCCUUGGGAAUCUUCCAGGAAUUUGUCUCUUGAGGGAUUGUCAGGAAUAUUUUGUUUGCAUUUUCAUCAUAAAAGUAUUUAUCUUUCAUAGAAUUAUACAAAUAAUAGGAUGCAUCAAUUAUAUAUUUUAAGCUUUUUAUAUUCAAAAAAAGACGAGAAAAAAAUUUUA